AUGUGGGCCGCCUCCCCGGCAUUCCGCAGGCAGCUCGUCCUGCUCCGCUCCCUCCUCCCUUCUCCUGACCCCUCCUCCGUCGCCGGCUUCCCCCCCUCCUGCCCCUCGUGCUCCAGCUUCCUCCGGGUCCGGGCCAACCACGCGAUGGCGGCGUCCGCGGGGACGGUGUACGAGGCGGACGCGGAGGCCGUCGUGCGCCGGAUCACGCCGCCGCUCGACCGCGCCAGGCACAAGGGCCAGGCAGGGAAGGUAGCAGUAAUCGGAGGAUGUCGUGAGUACACUGGUGCUCCUUAUUUUGCUGCUAUCUCUGCCUUGAAAGUUGGUGCAGAUCUUUCACAUGUUUUCUGCACAAAAGAUGCUGCUACAGUAAUUAAGAGCUAUAGCCCUGAACUUAUUGUACAUCCAAUAUUAGAAGAAUCUUACAGUGUAAGGGAUGAUGAACGAGCAUCUGUUUCUUCUAAAAUUCUUACUGAAGUUGCAAAGUGGAUGGAGCGCUUUGAUUGCAUUGUUGUUGGUCCUGGCCUUGGAAGGGACUUAUUUCUUCUGGAUUGUGUGAGUAAUAUCAUGAGGCAUGCACGGCAGGCUAAUAUUCCAACUGUUGUGGAUGGGGAUGGUCUGUUUCUUGUAACCAAUAGCCUUAGUCUUGUUGAAGGAAACCCUCUUGCCAUUUUAACACCAAAUGUCUAUGAGUACAAGCGUCUUGUUCAGAAGGUUCUUAACUGUGACGUAGAUGAGGAAACUGCUUCUGAGCAGCUAAUCACACUUUGCCAAAAAAUUGGUGAUGUAACAAUAAUGCAGAAAGGAAAAUCUGAUGUUAUCAGUGAUGGUAAAACAGUUACGCAAGUGAGUACUUUUGGUUCCCCAAGACGAUGUGGUGGUCAAGGUGACAUCCUUUCUGGAAGUGUGGCGGUAUUUGCAUCAUGGGCACAGCAUUUUGUCUUGACAAAUGAACAGCCUACAGAAAAAAGAGUUAAUCCUAUGACCCUUGGGUGCAUAGCUGGCUCUCUUCUACUCAGGAAAGCUGCAUCAUAUGCUUUUGAGAAGAACAAGAGAUCAACUGUCACCUCUGAUAUCAUCGAGUUCUUGGGCAAAAGCUUGGAAGAUAUCUGCCCUGCCGAGCACUAG